AGAACAAAUGCCGAGCAGCCAUGAGAUCCAGCCGUCCUGAGCCGGAUGCCCCGGAACCCCUCAGUGCCCGCCCUCAGCCCCUGUCCCGAAGUUCCUCCAGCCUGCUGGGCGAAGGCCGGGGGCAGAGGCCAGAGCAUCGCAAGAGGGCCAGCAGCACUGAAUGGCAGGCCCAGCUGGGCGAGGCCAGCACUGGUGCCCAGGUUCCGGAGGAGGAGGGGCAGCAGGCUGAGCGCACGCAGCAGGCACGGGCCUCCAGCCCCCAACCGCAGCCCAGUGCCGUGGGCCACUGGCGUAGCAGCACUGUGGGCAACGUGUCUGCCAUGGGCGGUAGUGACCUGUGUUAUCCGCGGGACCCCAGCGCCGCCGCUGUGCAGAGGAGCCACUCGGACCUGGUUCGCAGCACCCAGAGCCGGGGCCACAGUGGUGCUCGAAAGGCCAGCCUCAGCUGCUCAGCCCUGGGCAGCUCGCCUGUCCAUAGGGCUCGGCUGCAGCCCAGCAACCCCUCUGGCCAGAGUGGUCAGACCCCUGCAGGCUUGGAAAGGGACCUGGCUCCGGAGGACAAGACUUCAAACUCAGCCUGGACACUGGAGAGUCAGGAGGGGGUGCCACCAGCUGCCGUGGGAGGCACAGUGACCCACAGCAGCAGCCCCAAAGCCACCGGCCAGUCGGCCACCACCUCCUGCCAUUCGUUGUCUCCAGCAGCCCCACUCUGUGGCGUGAGGGAGGUGGGGGCCAGCAGUUGCUGCCAUGGCUUGCCUGCCCCAGGGAUUCUGGCCUUUCCCAAACUAGUGGCUUCAGUGAGUGAAUCUAGGCUGCAGGCUCAGCAUGGGGUGAAACUCCAGUGUAGGUUUUCUGGGGGGCUUUCUGGGCAUUCCCACUGCUGUGCCCACCCUUGGGGUCCCACCGGGUUAGCCAUGGAGCCUAGUGCCAGGACCAAGGAUAUGUGGACCAUGACCUCGGCAAGUGACUUGGCCCCAGUCUUGGCUUCCCCUCUGUCAGCCCAGGAUGCUGGUGUGCAAGCAGUCCCCAAGGCAGUCUGCAAGGCAGUGGCCACUAGUCCACCUCUGGAAGCCCCCGUGGCCCUGCAUAUGUUCCCUGAGGUGACUCUGGAGUCCAGCCUGGCAGAGGCGCCAUCUCCUGUGCGCGACGUACGGUGGGAUGCUGAGGGCAUGACGUGGGAGGUGUAUGGAGCUGCAGUGGACCCGGAGGUGCUCGGUGUGGCCAUCCAGAAGCACCUGGAGAUGCAGUUUGAGCAGCUGCAGCGGGCCCCUGCCAGUGAGGACAGCCUGUCUGCUGAGGGUAGGAGGGGGCCACUUCGAGCUGUCAUGCAGUCCCUGCGGCGCCCCAGCUGCUGUGGCUGCUCCAGUGCAGCCCCUGAGUGAGGCGCUGCAGCCCCUGGAGCUGCCCGGGGUGCACGGACUCAGCCCCAGGGACAGUGGGGUCCCCAUGCUCUUUGGAUCCACAGGCACCCACCGACGUGUCUCUGUCCUCUGCUGCCUGCAGAUCACAGGACUGCAGCCUGUGGGUUCCCUGCCCCCGGCAGUUGGGCUAGUUUUUAAGGGCUUGAUUCCCAAGAGCCACAUGUGGGCUCUGAACUUUGGGACAGUUUCAACACUGUGCAUAAGGGGGAUCCUGACUUCUCUGUAAAAACUCUUGACCUAUCCAGUCUCUGUUCAGAACUCUGCCAUGAUUUCCCCCAGGCCUCUUUGUGGCUUUAUUUUCACAACAGUGCUGAGAUACAACAAAUUCCUGACGUAAGAGGUGGGGUCUCAAGUGGCAAGGGCUGUCUAAGUCUUUAGGGAAGGGAACUGACAUUGUCGAGGCU